AUGGUUUCUUCGUGUUGACAAGUCUGCAAAUUAUCGACAGUUCCGUGAUAGUUUCCUGGAAAACUUCGGUCAUGUUUACACGGUCGCUGAAAUUGUUGACAAGCUGCGCAAAACAACUUUUGACACUUCGAAAAUGUCGGUCACUGCGUACAUCUUAAGGAUGCAGGAGAUUGCGUCCAGGGCGAAUAUCGACGAGAAUCAAACCGUGCAGUUCAUCAUCGAUGGAUUCCAGGACCGUUCAGCGAACAUAGCAGUUCUUUACCCGGCCAGAGACUUGGCCCAUCUGAAGCAGCUUUCACGGCGAUAUGUUCAGUUGCGAGAGAUGUACCCUACGCCGAUUCGGACGCAACCAGUCAAGCAGAAGGUGAAGGCUACAUCAACCAAGCCGGAAUCGCCGCGCUGCUACAACUGUUCGGGUGUUGGCCAUCUGUCGGCGGAUUGCAAGGAGCCACGCCGAGUGAAGGGCUCUUGCUUCCGUUGUGGUUCGACUCAGCAUCAACUUAAGGAGUGUCCAAGACCAGCUCCACGGAACAACAACCAAGUUGCUCUAGCGGAUGAGUUUCGCCAAAAUGGCGGUGGAGACCGCCAAUCCGUUGGCGAACUAGGGGCAGUUCUCUCCGAGUUGAAUAUUUCCAAUUAGUUUCGUGCGACGAUCGGUAGUUCCACAAUCGAUGGGACCGAGUGAGAAGAUGAACUCAGGCUACAAGAGCAUAGGAAACUACCCACUAUGCACCUAUGGAAUUAUUGCAGCCAUUGUCUGCUUUCGUGA